AACAUAUAUAGAAUAUAUUGAGUCAUAAAAAGUACAUCUAGAUGAAAACAUUCAAGUUUUCAGUUUCUUUUAUUCUUUCAGUAACGGAGUCAUCAUUAAAAAAUAAAUUCAAAAUUUUUGAACACUAAUUUAAAAAUUAUCAGAUGUCAAAUUAAUUAAAUAAAGUUUAUAUUUAAUAAAAAUAAUAUCACGUGAGUGGACAUCAGUGACAUAAUUUUUUAUCCAUAAUUGUAAAAAGAUUGGCCUUCGAAGGUUAUAUGGACAUGUCUGCGUUCGUCAGCAAAAUACUGGGAUUUAAAUCCCAGCGCGUUCCCUUUGAAGAAAGUGAAAACAAUGGCCUAGUACUGGCAGACAAAUACAUUCCUGAAGAAUUACUGGGAGAAUUAUUUUGUUACGUUGACUGCAAGUCGCUUUUGAACUGUCAGCUGGUUUGCAAAAGAUGGAAAGAUCUUAUCCAGGAGUACGUGUGGAGAAAAAAAGCGGAGUUGAUAUUCGGGCAAUCGCUCCAGUGUCUGAAGAGCUACGAAAUGCCUUGGACAGUUUAUUAUAAGAUUUGUAAAAAAAAUCCCUUUGAACGAAACUUGCUGAAGAAUCAUUCUGGUCAAGAAGGAUUGAAAAAGCACUGGGUUAUUUCGCGACAGGGUGGCGAUCAUUGGAGAAUCGAGAAACCACCAGUUGGUGUUCCACCUCUGCCAGACGAUCCUGUUUUUGAAGGAAAAAAUUCAUGUUUCGUGACAUCCUACAGUUUGUGUUCUAAAAGACAAAUUGUUGAUCUUAUUGAUGAAGGAUUAUCUGAUGUUCUUCUUGAUACUUUCCAACCACCUAUUCAGGUUGGCGAAUGGUACAGUUGUCGUUGGGAUUGUCCAGCAAAAUAUGACUGUCAUGUUUCAUUACUUGAUGAAAAUGAUAAGGAGUUGGACGUCUAUGUAUUUAGAGAUGAUCUCGAAGAUGAUGAUAAGCAAAAUAAAUGGUUGCAUUUUACUCAUGAGUUUACAAAUUACGGACCCGGUGUCAAGAAAGUGUUAUUCCAACACAGUGGCAAAGACAAUUUAUUCUGGGCUGGGCACUACGGAAGCAAAAUGGCUGGAGCUUCUGUCGUCGUAAAAGUAAAACCAAAGGCGUCGAAUGCUUCACGAAAACGAAGGUCUAGCAUAGAGUUAGAUUCUAGUAUAGAGUUAGACUAGUACUAGUUCAUUUUAAAUUGUUUCUAUUUAAAAAUUUUAUUGGUAAGUUUACUGUUUCAAUUUUGAAUCUUUGAUAUUUAUUAAUACGUAUAAAUAAAUAUAUUUAUGUUAAUAAUCUAUUUAAUAAAUAAAGUUUUUAUUGAUUUAUAAAUAAAUAAAGUUAUUAAUUAA